CGAUACGCCGGUUUUGCUAUGAUUCAUGGUGAAACGAUAGAAACCGUGUGGCCAUUCAUAUUGAAGAAGAAGUCAGAGUCAAAAUUCUUGUAAACCACACCCCUCCUGCUCACAGGAAGCUGUAUCUCAGAAAAAGAAAAGAACCCUAGCAGAGCAGAGGGGAGCGAGGGAGAGACAACGGAGAUACAGAGAUAAGUCAAGAGAACACAAACAGGUGAGGGAAAACAGAUGGAUACAUGAGGCUGAUAAAGAGAGAGGAAACAAAGAGAAGGCGGAACUGAGAGAUUCAGCAGUGUCAGAAGAAGAAGACAAGAGAAGAAGAUGGGCUUUGGUGGUUGACGCUUCGCCCCCCUGCUUCCUGACGGUGGGCCGUCGUGAUAUCUGAAGACCUGAGCAGAAUACCGGCUGUCUGGGGAUCGAUGGCGGCCUGAAGUGUCGUGAACAUGACCUUUGACCUGCUGCAGAGAAGCAGAACGGACUCCUCGCCGGCGCUCAGCAUGGACGGUGAAACCGAGCCGCCGACGGACGACCGGCAGCCUUGACGACCCAAACCGCCCUGACGAGUCCCCGACCCCGCGGCUGAAAAUGAGCUGGACCAACCAAAGCUGCGAGAGCGCCGACGAUCUGAAGACGUACCAGCAUUAUGUGUACGCGGUGCUGUACAGCGUGAUCCUGGCGCCGGGCCUGCUGGGUAACGUCCUGGCGAUCUGGGUGUUCAGGGUUUACAUUAAAGAGACCAAGAAGGCGGUGGUGUUCAUGAUGAACCUGGCUGUGGCCGACCUGCUGCAGGUUCUGUCCCUGCCGCUGCGGAUCUACUACUACCUGAACAACACGUGGCCCUUCGGCCACCCCCUCUGCAUGAUCUGCUUCUACCUGAAGUACGUCAACAUGUACGCCUCCAUCUUCUUCCUGGUGUGCGUCAGCGUGCGGCGCUGCGAGCUCAUCAUGCGGCCGCUCAAGUACCAGGCGUCCCGGCGGAAGGGCGACCUGUACGUGUGCGUGCUGGGCUGGCUGCUGGUGUGCGUCAGCUGCCUGGCGUUCCCCCUGCUGAGGAGCCCGGGCUCCGCCGCCAGGGACGCCGGCUCCCCGCCCGAGCCGGUGUGCUUCUCGGAGCUGCCCCUCAGGGACGUCAGCCCGCCGGCGGUCUGGGCGCUGCUGCUCGUCGCGGAGCUGUUCGGCUUCGUCGUCCCCCUCGUCCUGGUGCUCGCCUGCACGUGCAUGACGGCGGGGAGCCUCCGGCGGGCGACCGCCGAGCCCGUCCCGGACCAGGGGGAGAAGCGGCGGGCGCUGAGGAUGGUGCUGGGCUGCGCCGCGGUGUUCUUCGUGUGCUUCGUGCCGUACCACGUCACCAUGCCGCUGGACUUCCUGGUCAAAGCCAACGCGGUGGGCGACUGCGGCCUGAGGGCCCUGAUCCUCCGCUGCCACCCCGUCACGCUCUGCCUGGCCAGCCUCAACUGCAGCCUCGACCCCCUCAUGUACUACUUCACCACGGACGAGUUCAGGCGGCGGCUCAGCAAGCCGGAGAUCCCGGAGGGCGUGACCUUCAACCGGCGGCUGUCCUGCAUCACCGGGGAGCAGGAGGACUAGGCCCGACCGGCAGAGCGGCCUCCUCCGAGUAACUCACCAAAGACUCUUAAUAAUGUGAAGGUGUGGGACUGAAAAUGUGACGUUUAUUUUCUAUUAAACUGAGAAUGAAACCUGUUUUUCAAAAAGCGCUGGUGAAGAGUGUUCCUGAUGUGAAUCUGUGAUAAGGCGCCGAAAGUGUGAGGUGCGACGAUGACAAACACGGCCGGAAAUGCUCUCUGGGUUAAGAAAUGCAACUUUAUUCAACAACAAAGUGAAGUUCAGUUCAGUAGUUGGACACAAGGUUUGUUCGUUUGUUUCUAAUCUUCUAGUAUUCGGUUAAAAAGCUGAGACAGAAACCCAUCUUCACACACUUCUGUUGAUUGUCAUUCUGUACAGGCAUCAAGUAGGAAAUCACUAAAAAAACUGUUUCUUGGCAGGAGACCAACUAUUUUUGAGAUUUUCUUCAAAAUCAAAGAUUUACACAAACAAAUUCACUCAGAUAAGAACUUUUUGUGAUAAUUUAGAGGAAAUAAUGCUGUUUGAAAGCUCAGGAAACAUGUAGUGUAUCUACUGUGCUUAUUGGAGCUGUCUCAGUCAGACGGUCUCACAAGUUAGAAAAAAAAGAAGUUAAAUUAGAUAACUGAGUCAAAUUUAUUGAAAUUUCCCUUCGGCUCAUUCAGUCCUUCCUCAGAUCCUUCAAGCUGAAAGUCACGAAUGAGGUUUCUACACAAACA